GUGAGUUAACGGGAAAGUUCACUCGUGAGGAUUCACCGGCGUGUCGACACGCGGAUAGUUUUACCCGGCGCGUGUUUCAAGACUUCCAGAAGUGAUGCCAGGCUCCGGCGGAGUUGCGCCAUAAAAGCAGAAGGAGAGUCGUCUUACCCAGCCGGUGACUCCUCCCACACAGGCCCCUCCUAACUCAGGGCUAUCAUGGGACAUCUGCCGGUUCACCUCUCCCCGCUGCUGUUCCUGCUCCACGCCUUCCUCCUCCUUGCCCAGCCCUGCACCUCCAUCACACCGCAGGUCCUGCAGCGAGCAUCCACCCCCGAGGAACCCCAGUCCUCCGGUAACACCACGGGGUCCGGCAAGCGGACCUGUCCAGGCGCCGUGGUGUGCAGACCCGGCAUCCUGCUGCCGGUGUGGUUGCCUCUGGACCCUCCAGUCGGAGAGCAGGCGGGCAGAGCGCUUAUCUACUUCCUCUGUCUCAUGUACAUCUUCCUGGGUGUGUCCAUCAUCGCAGACCGCUUCAUGGCAUCCAUAGAAGUCAUCACCUCUCAGGAGAAAGAGGUGACCAUCACCAAACCCAACGGUGAAACCACGGUAACCACGGUGAGAAUCUGGAACGAGACGGUGUCCAACCUCACGCUUAUGGCCCUGGGCUCCUCGGCGCCUGAGAUCCUGCUGUCUGUUAUUGAGGUUGUUGGCCACGAGUUUAACGCAGGGGAGCUUGGCCCGGGCACCAUAGUGGGCAGCGCCGCCUUUAACAUGUUUGUGAUCAUCGGUCUGUGUGUGUGGGUGAUCCCUAACGGAGAGUCUCGCAAGAUCAAACACCUGCGAGUAUUCUUCAUUACGGCUUUCUGGAGUAUUUUUGCCUACAUCUGGCUCUACCUCAUAUUGGCUGUCAUUUCACCUGGUAUUGUAGAGGUGUGGGAGGCUGCAGUGACGCUGCUUUAUUUUCCGGUGUGCGUGAUCUUGGCUUGGAUCGCUGAUCGUCGCAUGCUCUUCUACAAGUAUAUGCACAAGCGUUACCGCGCCGACAAGAGGCACGGCAUCGUGGUGGAAAUGGAAGGGGACCUUGCACCCAAAGGCAUUGACGUCAUCAUGGACGGAAAGUUGUCGGAGGGCGCCGCGUGCCCUGGGACCCCCUGCAGUGUGACGGUCUCUGUGCAGACGGGCGGUGAACUGGACCAGAGCAAAGAUGAGGUGGUUCGCAUCCUAAAAGACCUGAAGGAGAAACACCCGGACAAAGACCUGGACCAGCUGAUUGAGAUGGCAAACUACUCUGCCCUGGUCCACCAGAAGAAGAGCCGCGCCUUCUAUCGGGUCCAGGCAACGCGCUUGAUGAUUGGCGCCGGAAACAUACUAAGGAAACACGCUGUGGAGCACGCGCGGCGCUCAGCAGGCCAAGAGGCCGACAAAGCCACCUGCUCGCACAUUUGUUUCGAAAGCGCGCAGUACCAGUGCAUGGAAAACUGCGGCUCCCUAAGCCUCGGGGUGAUCCUUGAUGGGGGCACAGGCCAGAGCACUUUCUAUGUGGACUAUUGUACAGAGAAUGGCUCUGCAAAUGCUGGGACCGACUAUGAAGGCAAGGAGGGGACCCUGGUGUUCAAGCCAGGGGAGAGCCGCAAAGAGAUCCAGGUGGGUAUCCUGGAUGACGACAUCUUUGAGGAGGAUGAGCAUUUUUUUGUGCGUCUUCAGAACCUGCGGCUUGAGGAGGGGGCGACCGAGGGGACGGGAACCCCGCCGAAAGGUCGACUGGUGGAGCCACUGGUCACCACGGUCACCAUCUUGGACGACGAUCACGCCGGCAUCUUCACCUUCGGGCAGCGCGUGCUGCGAGUGAGCGAGAGCACCGGUACACUGUCGGUCCCCGUAGUGAGGAACUCGGGCUCCAGGGGCACCGUCGCCUUGCCGUACCACACAGAGGACGGCAGCGCCAAGGCCGGGGUGGACUACGAGCAUGCCGGGGGGGAGCUGCAGUUCACCAAUGAACAGACCAGUCAGAUCUUACAGGUGCGCAUCAUAAAUGUGGAGGAGUACGAGAAGCAGGAGAACUUCUUCAUUGUGCUUGAGGACCCCAAAUGGCUCAAGCGAGGACUCUCUGGCAACCCCACCCCUGAGGAAGAGGAGGCCCGAAGGAUUUCAGAGAUGGGCAAACCUCUUCUAGGGGAGCACAGCAGGCUGGAGGUCAUCAUAGAGGAGUCCUGUGAGUUUAAGAGCACAGUGGACAAACUCCUGCGGGACACUAAUCUGGCUGUGGUGCUUGGCACUCACUCGUGGAGGGAGCAGUUCAUUGGCGCGGUCACCGUCAGUGCGGGUGACGGAGAUGAGGACGAGGGACAGGAGCAGCGAAUGCCCAGCUGCUUCGACUAUUUCAUGCACAUAUUGUGCGUUUUCUGGAAGAUUCUGUUUGCCUGUGUCCCACCCACAGAGUACUGGAACGGCUGGGCGUGCUUCAUAGUGUCGAUCUCUGUCAUUGGUUUCUUAACAGCCAUUAUUGGAGACCUAGCUUCCCAUUUUGGCUGCACCGUCGGCUUGAGGGACACCGUCACCGCUGUCGUCUUUGUAGCACUGGGGACUUCGCUUCCUGAUACCUUUGCGAGUAAAGUGGCCGCCACUCAGGACCAGUAUGCGGAUGCGUGUGUGGGGAACGUGACAGGAAGCAACGCGGUCAAUGUGUUUUUGGGCAUUGGGGUGGCCUGGUCCAUUGCUGCCAUAUAUUGGCAAGUCAAAGGUAAAGUCUUCCGCGUUGACCCUGGCUCGCUGGCCUUCUCCGUCACACUCUUCACCAUCUUUGCCUUCUUCGCCAUGGGGUUGCUGAUGCUGCGCCGGAGGCCGUCCAUAGGCGGAGAACUUGGCGGGCCUCGGAUCUCCAAAAUCCUCACUUCGCUGUUCCUCUUCGGACUCUGGUUCCUCUACAUCCUUUUCGCGAGCUUGGAGGCCUACUGCCAUAUACAGGGCUUCUGAGUGCGCACAGCUUGGGAGAGAUAAUGACAGUACACACAUCACCGGGACAUUCACCUGUGCAGCUCUGUUCCAGUGAUUACCACUGACUUAUCAUCACUUGAAAAACUGCUGCCAUGGUUACAUUAAAAAUAAAAAAUAAAUAUUGAUAUAUAUCCAUGUACAUAAAUACGAACACACAACAUGCAGAAACCUGUAGAUUUCAGUUCCAGUCAGCAGAAUGUUUGGCCUGAAUAACAUGCAGUGAUGUGAUGUUUUUCGAUGAAGGAAAGCAAAGCAGGUCAGCGCGUACUCUGCGGAGUCACUGGGUUUUGCUCACUUCUGGCUUAAUGCCUGACGGUUCAUAACCUAGAUUUCAAGUUUGGUCUUUCCUUCUCCUCAAGCUGAGUAAAGGCUGGAUCAGAGUAGACUGCUUGACCUAGUAUUUAGAUAAGAAAAACAGCGACAGCUGCUUUUACGCAGAUGUAUGGACGUCUCUGAGUGUAUCACCAUGCUUAUACCAUGGCUACGUGUCCAUGUUUGCCGGUCAGUAAUCAUUAACCCAUAGUAAGUGUAUCUUCUCAAAGCAAAAAGUGCUGUUUCUAUGGUUACCUACAGUUUGUGCGGACAUAUUGAGAGCAAUAGUAAAAAACUAAAACGUGUUAUGGUCUUGGUAUAUGACUUUGAAUGGACCUGCCAGCCAACCACAAGAUUUCCCUGCCGGCACAGUAUUCAAAACGAAGCACACUUUGGUUACAAUCUACUGCUGGGGGAUGAGCUGCUGGGACUGAUGUCGUUAUCUAUCACUGAAACAUUCUCUUUCUCUGUUGAGUUAUGUGACACAAGGCAUUGUUUUGUGUAAUUUAAUGCACCUACUGAGUUGAAUCUCACUAUAACUAUUGAAAAUAGUAAAUGAUCAGAAAUGCAAUAGUCCUAUAUUUAAACGUAUGAUUUACAAAGAAUUUUACGGACAACUAAUUUCGACUAAACCGUGAAAAGAAAAAUGUAUCUGCCACUGAGUGUGAUCAUUUGAAUAUUUAUCAAUGUAUAUUUAUCAAUGGUGUCAUUUAAUGUCUUUGUAAUGUAAUGUCUUUGAUCUGAUAUUACCAAGAUGCAUUGUAAUUUAU